ACGUGUCAGAACCACACCCCGCACUUUGGAUUUCUUUUAUUUUUCCAUUAUAGGCAAACAAGAACCCGUCCCCAAGCAACAACACACGACACAAUCCCUCCGCCCUCUCUCUAUCUUUGCCUCCUCUGCCACUUCUCUCGUAUUAUUUUCUCCAUAAAAGACCCAAGACUCCUCCUUUUUUGGAUUCUCCUUUCUCAACCGGGAGAUUUUCCAAACCUCUGUCCAUUACUACAUCUAUCUAUGUAGAAAUUCGGAGCAAAAUACAAUUUAUAAGAAAAGCGUAAUUUAAUAUAGUAAGGGGGAAAAGAAGAAUGAAAGAGAGAAGUAGCAGUCCUGUUGAGAGUAAGGAUGAGAUGGAAGUGGCUGCAAUCUUGCUUGAGCUUCCUCAUCUGAUCGAAGCUGAGCAUAAACUUUCAUUAUUCCCUUCUUGGGGUACUAAAAGGAAGAGAUCUACCGAUGACUACUUCAGUCAGCGCCGCGUUUCUUUAUCUUCACCAUCACCAACACCGACACUCAAUACGUCCCCACCACCACCACCACCACUACCAGUAGUUCGAGAAAUUGAGCCCAAGAAACCCGCCGUUAAAGGCGAGGCUUCGAGCCCUGCAACGCCCCUCGCUUUCUGUCCUAGUGAAUCUGAUGACAAGCCUAAGCGUCUAAAAAGAAAACUCUCUGUUAAGAAGACGAAAGAGGAGUUGCUGGAGAUUAUACAAGAGUAUACUCAAAGCAAUGAAUUGCUGAUAAAGGAGAUAGAGCAGACCAAGCGCUAUUACCAGCAGAUGAAAGAAAGGAAUUUGUGGCUGCAAACAAGGAAACAGGAGCUAAGUCUUGGCAUUGACAAUAUUGGAAGAGAAAAGCCUCAAACGAAAGUGAAGGCAAGCGCUGGACUGACUCUGGAGGUUACACCGGCUACCACUGCAGAUGACGACGGUGUACAGGUUGUGAUUGAUCAGAAACCGUUCAUCAUAGAAAGGACUGCAAAUAAAGUAGAAACGAGUGAGAGCUAUCCGUCGUACUACCCAUAUGGCAAGAAUGUGCCCUUAUUUCAAUCAAGAAGUGGAUUGGGCAUGAACAUUGAGACGGUGAACCCAAGUAGUGUUCCUGAUCUCAAUGCAUGUAGUGGACCUGGAGAGUCUUUUUGGAUGAUGGAAUUUGCCCAGCAAACAGUUGAUGAUAUGAAUAAGAGUUUUACUAAAGCCAUGGCAGCUAAAGCUAGACAGAGAAGAAUGCUAAUUUGUAGGGAUAAACAUUCUAGCUCUGCUUGUAUUAAGUUACGUCUCUCCCAAUCCCAUAGAUCAUAGUUUAUCAUUUAUUUUUCUUUAUUUUUUAGCUUUUUGUCACGUAUAUAUAUAUAUAUAUAUAUAUAUAUAUAUAUCUUCUAGGCCCUAGUUGAGUUUCUAUCAAAUUGUAAUUAAGAGCUUUCCCAUUUAUUCUCCUAAAUAUUAUUUUGAUGAAAUCAAUUUUUCCAUAUAUUUUUCUUUUCA